ACCAUGGUCCCGCCUCUACAGUGGUCAGUAGAAGAUGAAUCACAUUGUCUCUCUGCUCUGCCUCGUCUCCAUCUCUCCUCGCUGCUGCUGCUCAGGCCAACUCACUUGGCUAUAAAUAGGGAAAGAUUAAAACCUCUCAUCCGGCUUACCUGCACAGCAUCUUCAACUCGCCUGCUAAACUAUGCUAUGAGGACAGGGCCCAGCGAUGACUGAUGUGGAGCCUGUUGUCACCGACUUUGCAGCCACGGGGAGGACUGGCCGGAGGAACGCUGUACCUGAUAUCGUUGAGGCGGGGCCUGCUGACCUGUCAGACAAACUAGCAGAGCUUUCAGUUGUAGAUGAUGAAGGAGGAGAGGGCUCGUCCUCUGGAAGCCCACCGAAGAGUCCUACAGAGGGUGAGGAGAAGGCAGAGGGGACGUAAUUGGGCCUUGGUCUCUGGCUAACUGACUACGAGAGAAGAUGGAGAACAAGAGAGAGACUGUCUCUAACAUGGACCACUUCUCCUCAAACAAACCCCAUUGACCAGACAACUGUAAUUGCCAUGCACCGUGCUAUGCAACAUCAGGACACCUAUGAUGAAAACUUAAAGAGCUGUUGGAUGAUGAAGGGAAGGGAGAGCUCUGUCGCUAGGAAUGAAGUGGUUGUUUCUUUGUAGCUUUAAGGGGGUAUUCAUUCAAGAUUACCCAUAAUUCAUUACAUGUACGGUGAAUGAGCCUGCAUUUAUGUCUUGUUCAUCUUAGCAUAUGCAGUGAACUGGUGAAGUGGCUGACAGUUGGACAUGACUCUGAAAAAUGUCAUUUCAUAUUUGAGCGAGAGGGACUUGUACAUACGUUGCAUACAGAGGUGUUCCAAUGAAAGCAUUUUCUCAGAAUGUUAACAUGUAGUUGCAGGAAUGUCUCUUUGCACAACAAAAGUAUAAACAUUCCAUUUGGUGAUGUAAGUACAAUUUUUAUCUUAGAAUUGUGAUUUAUUAGUGUGCUACAGUACAAACCUCUACUGUGUGUUUUUUACUGUUAAAAUCAACAUUAUUAUCAACUGAGUUAUUAGAAGUAAAAAACUAUAUGUAUUUUCGGUCUGUAAAUAUAGUUUCACUUUGUAUUUGCUUCCUUGUAAAGAUGCAUUUCAAUGUCCACUGCAGCUAAUAAACAUUAUCCUCUACG